AUGUCCUCAGACUCAACCCCCUCCAUCACGAGCCUCUACCCCGAAUACCGCACCACCACCCGCCUGGACCACCUCCGCUCAACCGCCUACUCCUACCUGGACGCCCAAUCCCACACCUACCUUGACUACACCGGCUCCGGCCUUUGCUCCUCCUUCCAGCUAGCCGCCCAUGAAGCCCGGCUCGCCUCCACCCUUUACGGCAACCCCCACUCCGUCAACCCGACUUCGGAAGCCGCCACCAUCGCGGUCGAGCAAACCCGCAAAAGGAUCCUGAAGCACUUCGACGCGGACCCCGAAGAAUAUGCGGUUAUCUUCACCCCGAACGCCACGGGCGCCGCGAGGUUGGUCGGAGAGGGAUAUCAGUACAAAAGGGGCGGGAGGCUGGUGUUAAGUGCGGAUAAUCAUAACAGUGUCAAUGGGAUGAGGGAGUUUGCGAAGAGGAAGGGGGCGAAAGUGGAAUAUGUCGGGAUUAGUGGGACUGAUAUGAGGAUCAAAGAGCACGAUGUUAUCGAGAAGCUGCCCACAAGAUAUGCCGGAGUGAUGGGGAAAGUGAGAAAGGUGGUGACUGUGCCAGUUAAGGGGUGUCUUGGGCAUUUGUCUUCUGCUCCUGAUCCAGUGGGGCGGAUAGCAUUGCCGAUGUCCGAGAAGCAACAAUAUCAAAAUCACCAACAUCAGUCGACGGGAAAGACAGAGGAGAGAAAAGAAGGAGGGGAAAGACGAAAUGGCUUGUUUGCGUACCCGGCUCAAUCCAACUUCACUGGCGUCCGACAUCCCCUGCACUGGGUACCACUUGCUCAGUCACGAGGUUACGACGUCCUUCUUGACGCUGCCGCUUACCUGCCUACCUCCCGCCUCGAUCUUUCGGGGGACAUCAAACCUGAAUUCAUCAUCGUGUCAUGGUACAAACUCUUUGGCUACCCCACCGGCGUCGGCAGUCUCAUCGUCAAGCGCUCUGCCCUAGCCAAACUUCGCAGGCCUUGGUUCAGCGGAGGUACCGUCAAGGCAGUUACUGUUGGAGUAAAGUGGCAUCAGCUCAGCGACCGGCUGGAAGAAGCCUUCGAAGACGGGACCGUCAACUUUUUGAGUAUCCCCGAAGUGACGGUGGGAUUGGAUUGGUUGGAUUCCAAGGACAAUCCUCCGCCUCCUUCUGCCUCUUCUCCCUCCAGUCCUUGUCCCAGUCCUGACAGCACCGAUUCCAACGGAGAGAGAAACGGAGUAGGCGGCAUGGAAAUCCUCGAAACCCGCGUCCGUUGUCUUACGGGUUACUUCUUGGAAAGACUACAAAACCUGCGCCACAGCGACGGUCGACGGAUGGUCGAGAUCUACGGACCAACAGAUACCAAGAUGCGCGGAGGCAGCGUGGCGUUCAACUUGCUCGAUGCGCGCGGGAAGUACGUGGACGAGCGACUGGUCGCGUUCGAGUCUGCGGCCGCGGGGAUCAGUCUGCGGACGGGAUGUUUCUGUAAUCCCGGUGCGGGCGAGGCGGCGUUCGGGUUGGAUAUUUGGACGUCGUUUUCGAGGCUGCCGCUGCCCACGUUGUGGAGGAUGUGGAGAGGCCAGGGGAGGGAUAAGGAGUUGAGUUUUGAGGAGUUAUUGAGGGUGCUGGGGUUGCCGACGGCGGGGGGGAUAAGGGUCAGCUUUGGGGUGGCGAGUAAUGAGAGGGAUGUGGAUAGAUUUUUUGAGUUUGUGGAGAAGACGUAUAGAGAUAGAGUGACGGGGAAGGAGGGGUUGCCGGAUAGGAUGGGGUGUUGA